AUGGUUAACUUAUCGCUCACAAUGCUUAACCAAAUUUUAUCUGCAUCCCGCGAGUUUAACUAUACAGUUUGGGCCGAGUUUUUAGAAGAAGCAUUGCCUAAAGAGUAUGCUUACUCCAAGGUGGUAUACACAAUAUCCAUGAUCUGCAUUUUUACGAUCAGCCUUGUAGGAAAUUUGCUUACGUGCCUGGUCAUUUACCAUGACAAAUCUAUGCAUACUGCAACGAAUUCCGUGUCCGACUUGAUUGUCACCUCCUGUAUUGUACUGGCGGUGCAGGAAAAACUGGACGACACCUUCAUCUACGGCCAGUUAGUCUGCCAAAUAUAUUUCGUGUGCGUGGUCUGCUCGUGGAACAACAGUAUCCUGACCAUUACCGCAUUAUCUAUCGAGAGAUAUAUAGCCAUUAUGCGUCCUAUGUCUUUGAAAUCUACUCCAAUGUGGCGGAGAGUGUCCAAAAUAAUUGUUUUACUGUGGCUUAUAGCAAUUAUGGAGACCGUCCCGGAGAUGUUUACAGUUGAAGCAAUUACGACUCGACAUCAACAGUCGACCGUAUGCUUUACGGUUCCGACGGCUGUAGCCAGGGUUGUGAACGGACUGCUAGCGAUUAUAACGUUUUUGGUGCCACUUCUAAUAAUGGCGUUUGUAUAUACGAUGAUCGCAAUCAAAGUGAAUGUCAAACCGAAAAACUAUUUGCAAGAACAGAUUUUUAACUAUCCAAAUCCUAGAAGCAAAGUUAACAAAUUAAUAGGUAAGUUAAUAAUUUUCGGUUUUGGGUCUGGAAAAAAUGUAUUUUCAGUUUUGGGCGUACAUUACUUAGUUUCUGAAUUAUUUUGUUAAAGGGAUUAUGUGGAUUUGAAUUUGAAAUUUGUUUUUU